GGGGUUUCCCGGGCUUGGCCCCACGGGUGCCUGGCCUGGGCCGUUCUGCGCAUGCGUCCCGCCGCUUUGUGCCGCCGCCGCCGCUGCUGCUGCAACUCGGCCCCGCUCGUGCGCGACAGUUCCUGUGAGCGGCUGUGCACGCGAGACGAGAGAUGGUGAUGGAGAGGCCAAGUCCGCAGCUGGUUGGGCGGGAGUUCGUGCGGCAGUACUACACCCUGCUCAACCAGGCGCCCGACUAUCUGCACAGGUUCUAUGGCAAGAACUCAACCUACGUACAUGGCGGGCUGGACGCCAACGGACAGCCCGCCGAGGCCGUCAUUGGGCAAGCGGAAAUUCACAAGAAGGUGAUGUCGCUAGGAUUUCGGGACUGUCACACCAAGAUACGACAUGUCGACGCUCUCGCCUCGCUCGGGGAUGGAGUUGUGGUACAGGUGAUGGGAGAGCUGUCCAAUGCCGGGCAGCCCAUGCGGCGCUUCAUGCAGACCUUCGUGCUGGCGCCGGAGGGAUCGGUGCCAAACAAGUUCUACGUUCACAACGACAUGUUCCGCUACCAGGAUGAGGUGUUCCUCGACUCUGACACAGAAGCUGCCGAAGAGUCGGGAGAGGAGGUGGAGGAGGGUGAGGAGGAGCAAGAGAUUAUCCAGCCAGAGCCUCCGGCUCCUGCCCCCUUCAUUCAAGACACAACUCCGCCCAGCAGUACGGAGGUCGUUGAGCAGGAGGAGUUAACCUCUCACCUGGAGGCGGCGCCGGGUGGUGGCAUCGCUGGUCCCGGGGCGGAGCCCGAAUCCACGGGCGGUGUGGAGGGGAACGGGGACGUGGAAGGGGGCAGUCCAGAGGAGGACGAGAGGGUCCCUGACGGCCUAGAUACGGACGGCACUGGUCAUUGGAGGGACGAAACGGAGGGGACAACGCCGGAGAAACCGGAAGCAAAACCCCCUUCCCCGUGCCAGCCUGUCGAGCCCCCACCAGCCCCCCACAAGCCGCCCGAGACGAACUCGUGGGCGUCGGUGACAAGCAAAAACCUGCCACCCGGAGGAGUGGGGGCGCCAUCGGGAGGAGUCACCCCCUAUGUGAUGAAGGCUCCUCAGACUCCGUUACAGCCAGCGGCUCAGCCAAGAGUGGAGGUGAAAACCGAGCAGGCGGGGACUGGACCUGUCCCACUCCUCUCUCGCGGUCGAGGGGGAGGGCCCCCACGGGACCGCACUGGGGGGCCACCCCGCACCCCUCGCCCUGAGGGGGGUGACGGGAACCAGGAGUUUGAGCCACGGCGCCCGACCACGGCACGCUACCCAGACUCCCAGCAGAUCUUCGUGGGAAAUCUCCCGCACGACAUCGAGGAGGCCGAGCUGCGGGACUUCUUCAUGACGUUUGGACACGUCGUCGACCUGCGCAUCAACACCAAGAGCAGCGGCAGCGGCAGCAAGCUUCCCAACUUCGGUUUUGUCAUCUUCCAGGAGCCCGACGCCGUGCAGAGCGUGCUCGCCUCUAAGCCCGUGCUGCUGCGCGGGGAAGUUCGUCUCAACGUGGAGGAGAAGAAAUCUCGCGUCGCUCGCGACGGCGAGUGGCGCUCGCUGGAGGGACGCCGCGGUGGCGGCGGCGGGGGGGGGCCUGGCGGGGCCCGUGGCGGAGGGGGGCCUGGAGGCCUGGGUCCCCGUGGUGGCGGGGGACCCCGUGAAGGCUGGGGGGGCGCGUCCCCCAGGGGCGGCGGCGCCGGAGCCGGGGGCUUUUUCCCGCGUGGCGGGGGGCGGGGUGGCCAGGGGGAACCCCGAUUCCCUGCCCAACGGCGAUAGAAGUCGCCCCGUGGAUCGCCCGCCCGCCCGUCUGCUCGUCCAUCCGUCCGCACCCCUCCGCACGCAGGAGUCUCCCCCCGCUCCGCGUGCAGGGGUGCUGGGUUUACCGCGUAGCUAGAGUCUCGUGUGGUGGGUGGCUUGCUGCUGUUGUCUUAUCGCAGUGCGUUACGGCCUCUCCAUGCGUCGUGUCGGCGCUGGCGGCACUGCUAGCCCAGCAAACGAGCCACGGGUCUUCUCGCUCUUGCUCGCCCCCCCUCCUCUCUCGACGUGCCGGCCCUCCACCAACCCCCGGUUCUGCCUUCCCAACUUCCGGGUGCUGUGCUCUCAUCUCUCUCUCGCUUCCUUGGGUGUGUCGUUAUAAUUUUUUGUUUUGUUUUGAAUUUCGGAGAUGAUCAUUCUUAACUGAAUAUUUAAACAGACAUGUACAGUGUUAAAUAGCUCCUGCCCGUGCAGCGCUGAGUAGGCCGGCGUGGGCAAGCGCCGCAUGUUUCGCUCUCUCGCUCGCCGCUACCGCUGUGUCGUAUUAAACUGUUCAUUGCUCGUUGCCUCCAGCGAGUGCUUCUCUGCGUGGCUGUGAAACCAUCGCCCUGAGAUGAACUUGUACAUAAGGCGGGUUUGGUCGGUGGCGCAGUGGCAUCCCCGAGUGGGUUGGCGAGUGAUGUUAGGUGGCAGGCGGGGGGGGGGAGCCGGUGUGGGAGUCUGGGUGGGUGCUUGGCGUCUCAAUCGAUUGUGCAGCGGGAACGGUGGUGGUGGUAGAUGUAGAACUCCCCUCCCCUUUUAACGUGUAGCGCCGUCCCAUUUAUCCCCACCCCCCACACGCGUGGCUGGUGUUUUGCGGGGGACUUGCAGUAACUGUGCCUUGUCGGGGCCGCGCGUGUGGAACUGAGCGGCGUGCGGGCUGCACGUUGUCCCGUUCGUACGUUCGCCCGCUCGUCGCUCCGUGCGUGUGAAGCGAAGGCGGGGGGGGGAGUAGCCGUGGGUCCGACCGCCGUGGGAGGAAAGCUUUCAAAUUUGGCGUCCGCUCUGAAGUUCGGUUGCGUCCAGGGAUUAAUUUCUCACCCAAUAUUUUCUGGCUCGCUGGCAGACUGGAGUAGGCACGUUACUAAUACAGCCAUAGCGAAAGGUAUUCUGAAUGUGGUGUGCUGGGGUACAGAAAUAUUUUCCUUCUUGCUGACCCGGACAGAGCCGGCUGAAAAUAAGCCCUGGUUGUUACCUUGCAGAAAAAUCCUGCAAUGUCUCAUUUCUCAAAUCUAAAUUCCCAACGUCCUGGUUACAGUCCGGGACUGGGUGGUGGCAGGCGGACCACGUGCGUCCGUGUGCUUGUGCGCCGUAUUCCCCUGAACUCUAGGGGUUGUGUGCCAGGCGUUCUUGAACUGUGAAUCGCUGAUCUCUUCCUGUCUGUGGCUCCUAGCCGCCUGCCUGACUCGCUUACCGCCCCGCUACGCUCGCCACCACCACCACCACCCCGCGUGCUCGCCGCAGCCUCGCAGUCCCCGGCACCAGGGCAACGUCGCUCGCUCUCGCUGCCUUCGUCUGUUGUCUUUUAUUUGUUUUUCAUUUUAUUUCGUUUUAUUUUUCUCUCCCUGAAAUGCACUGUUUCAUUAGUCUGUUGAGAGGUUUGUACUGCGUAUUUCGUUUUAUUUGUUUGUCCAAUAAAAGUGUAGCUGGUUUACA